CCUCUUCAUAAACAUCUCUUAUCAUCUUCCUCCUCCUUUUUUAUCCAUACACUCCAAUCAAAUCGAUCUUUGCUUCGAAUCGGAAAAAUUGCGGCGGAGCAAGAAGAAAACAACAUCAUCAACAAAUUUUUUUUAAAAAUGACAGGAUUCUAUGUGUCUUUAUUCAUAUCAAACUUUUCAAACGUUACAUCGCACUUAUCUCCGACGUUUGAUAACAUCCCUUCCAAGAAGAUCGUACCGACACCGAUUGAGAAAGUUGUAUCUCUAGUCUCUCGGACCGGACGAGAUCUGCAACGUUACAAUAGCUCUGGUCAUCGUCAAGUCGUCGGAUGUGUACCUUACAGAUACAAGAAUCAUGGGUGUGGUGGUGGAGAGAUUGAAGUGCUUUUGAUAAGCGCACAGAAGAAAGGGAAAGGGAUGUUAUUACCUAAAGGAGGUUGGGAGGUUGAUGAAUCAAUCGAAGAAGCUGCUUUGAGAGAGACCAUUGAAGAAGCUGGUGUUACGGGUCAGCUUGAAGAAUCACUUGGGAAAUGGCAAUACAAAAGCAAAAGACAUAGCAUGGUUCACGACGGUUACAUGUUCCCACUGCUCGUUAGCCAGCAGUUUGAGCAAUGGCCUGAAGCUGAAAUCAGACAGCGCAGAUGGGUUUCUUUGUCUGAAGCGGUCGAGUUGUGUGAGAACUCGUGGAUGAGGGAAGCUUUGGAAGCAUUCAUUGACCGGAAAUGUCAGACUCACUAAGGAUAAUGUAGAACAAAGAUAAUGUAGAAACAUUCAACUGAUGCAUAUAUAAUUGAAGUAGAGCAAACUCAAGUUUAGUCUUCUGAUUUGAUUCAUUCAUUUGUUGUUGAUAUACAUAUUAGGUAUAGACUAAUUCAAUAAAAUCACUAAUUGUUCGAAUC